AAGAACCAACAUGAGUAAAGUAUUUAUUCGUCAGUUUUCCAAGACUGGUAUACUGUUGAAACCAGGGUAUUCCACCGUCCAUCCUGUCCACCAUUUAGUCAAGGUUGAAAAAUCCAACUUGAAACCAUCCCUCAAAGAAUUAUUAGUUCCUCAUGAUGAUAUCACCUCGAUCAAGUACCGACCAUACGAAAUUGAUCAAGACAGAAUCGCCGAACACUAUACAAACACAUUAAAGUCAGACCUUAUGUUGAACUUGUACCAAUAUGAUGCCGACACCAUCCCUGCCAAUCCAAAGAGAUCGUGGGGAGUUGAUUCUCCAUACAAAUUAUAUCGUCCUUUGAAAAAACCUCUUGGUCUGAUUCGUACCCGGGGCCAAAUAAAACCUGUCACUGCUAAAAAUAUCCCAGAAAUCACCGGGGUCACUGUUCACUCAUAUAAUAAGAAAGCGUUAGUUGAACCUUGGUUGGAUAUAACCACCAGAUUACAAGUGGCUACCUUGACCAACGUCAAGCCAAAGCAAUUAUUUGCCAAGAGAAAUCUUGUUGAGUUUAAAUUGAGAAAGGGUAAGCCAGUCGGUGGUAAAGUUGAAUUGACUGGUCGUGAUAUGACCCAAUUCUUGUCUACAUUGAUUGAAUUGGUCUUACCAAGAAUCAGAACUUUCAAGGGGAUUAAGAAUUCUUCCGGGGACAAGAAGGGGAAUAUUACCUUUGGGUUGACUAAUGAGGAUAUGCAAUUCUUUCCAGAAAUCGAAGCUUUCCAAGAUUUAUACCCAAAUAUGAACGGGUUACAUAUUACCAUAAAAACUUCUGCCAGUAAUGAUGAGCAAGCUAGAACUUUAUUGUCUGCUUAUGGGUUCCCCUUCACUAAUGCUUAGGUUGACCUUGUAUAUAUUGUACAUAGAAUAAACAUAUAAUUUAG